UAUCUAUCUAUAUCAGCCUGUUCUAUAAAGUUGUUCUAUAAAUGUACCGCUUAGCAGCACUGGACAUUCAUAAUGUGACAUGUAUACCUGAUCCUCCAGAAAUUGUAGAUCAGAACCGUUCUUUCCUGUAUGACAAGGUUCCUGACUCAAGCCCCGGGCGACGUCACUGAGUGGGUGAUGAGCUCUGAGUUUCUUACACCACGAGAAAAAGGUUCCCAGCUGAAGGCAGGAAAAAAAAAAAAAGAAAAAAAAAUCCCGUGACGAGAGGAGCACGAAAUGCCUUCUAGACGUCUACCUGUUUGGAUCAGGAUGAGAUCUGCAGCACUCGCUGAAGGGCGCGCACACAGGUUCAGCACAUGGCACUCAGAUCUACAGUUUUGCGCUUCAAAAGAACAACUGAAUUACUUACAUUCCAAACCCAAACUCUUUUUAAAAGUUCUGGCAUUUUAGUAGGUCGUGAGGUUUGAGGGCAUUCCACGCCUGGAUUUUUUCUUCAUUUUAUUUUGGUGGAUAAAGAUCUCCAAGAAGUAAGACUGAAGAUGCUGACCACUUUCCAAGCGGAUUUUGCGAUCGUCCACACCUGAUGAUGCGCUUCUUGGACGUGUAUUAUUCAGGGGUGCUGAAUCUCCUCAGAAAUUAUCAACUUUCUCCCAGGACAAGCUUCUUUCCUCUCUGGACUAGUUCUUCAGCAUCAGACCACACACUUUUAUUCUUCGGAAGGCAUCUGACAAUGACGAUUCCACUUUCCAGAACACAGCUUGCCCUUUUCUUUAUCCUGCUUUGUCCAGUCAACAUUAUCGGGCUCUGGUGGGCAGUGGGGAGUCCCUUGGUCAUGGACCCAAACAGCAUCUGCAGGAAGACCAAACGUCUGGCAGGCAAGCAGGCCGAGCUGUGCCAGACCCAGCCGGAGAUCGUCAACGAAGUUGCAAAGGGCGCCAAGCUGGGUGUGCGCGAAUGCCAAUACCAGUUCCGCUUUCGGCGAUGGAACUGUACCAGCCAGAACAAGUACUUUGGCAAAAUUCUCCAGCAAGACAUCCGGGAGACAGCGUUUGUGUAUGCUAUCACGGCCGCGGGUGUGACGCAUGCAGUGACUCAGGCCUGCAGCAUGGGGGAGCUGCUGCAAUGCGGCUGCGAGGCCACACGGAGCAGAGGGCCACCCCCGCAUUUAGCCAGUACUGGUCCAACUGAGGGGGUCAAGUGGGAGUGGGGGGGCUGCGGAGAUGACGUGGAGUUCGGCUACGAGAAGUCCAAGCAGUUCAUGGACGCCAGGCGAAGGAAGGGCAAGAGUGACAUCCGCACGCUGAUAGACCUUCAUAAUAAUGAGGCUGGACGACUGGCGGUGAAGAAUUAUAUGAGAACUGAAUGUAAAUGUCACGGGCUGUCUGGCUCUUGCACUCUGAGGACCUGCUGGAAGAAAAUGCCUCACUUCCGUGAAGUGGGCAACCGCCUGCUGGAGCGUUUCAAUGGGGCAUCCAAAGUGAUGGGUGGAAAUGAUGGUAAGACUCUCAUUCCAGUGGGGCAGAACAUCAAACCUCCAGACAAGCAAGAUCUCAUCUACUCGGCCGAGUCGCCAGACUUCUGCCUGCCCAAUCGAAAGACGGGUUCUUUGGGCACGCGGGGACGGAUGUGUAACAGCACAGCGCUGGACGUGAGCGGAUGUGACCUUCUGUGUUGUGAGCGGGGCCACCGGGACGAGACAGUGGUCCUGGAGGAGAACUGUCUCUGCCGUUUCCACUGGUGCUGCGUGGUCCAGUGUAAAAAGUGCUUGGUCAGGAAGGAACUGAGUUUGUGUCACUAACCCGAGAAUCCUUGAUGAUGGGAUUGAGCGGAGCGAUUCCAAACAAGGUAGUAGUGUCAGUCUCAGACCAAAAGAAUCUACAACAUUCCAGAUUCAUGCAUACACAUUUCAAACCCUGAGGCUUUGGAAAAGCCUAGAGGAGUGUCUGACUUGUGAUUCACCUCUCAGAAAACCCAGGACCGCUAGUCUCAAUGACUACACUCAAAAUUUAGGAGGGGUUCUUCAGCUGUGAAGUCAAGACAUUCAGAAAGCUUCUUAUCAAAGGGCUUUUUCUGUUAGAUCAGCCCUAUAUACAUUACGAGUGCAGACUGAAUGAAUGGAAGCACAUCCACAUCAGCACCACAGUAAUGGCUGUUCAUGCUCUGAACUGACAGAUCAUCAAGGAUUUGGCAUAUUGCUCUGUAAAGCGGGCUAGAUAUGGAUCAAAGACUGUUAUUUAUAAGCAUUUAAUACCAUCAUGACUACUUCUUGUUUAAUGCCCUGUCAUUUUCUUUCAAAAGCACUUUGAGAACUUUUAACAGAAAGAGUAAAAGCUAUUUUUUUUCUCUUAAACUCAAAGGUAAAAACCAAAUGCAAGAGAAGCAACAUGUAAAAACUCUUUAUCUUUGUGAGAUAUUUAAUCUAUGGGGCUUUUAAUGCACUUUUACUGAUACUGAUCACUAUUUUUCAUUGGUUUGCUUCUAAGUUGAAUGCAUUUUCAUGCAGUUUGUGUUGGUUUUUAAGAGUACUUGUUGACUUGUUGACCUCAUAUACUGUACAGUACAGUAUAUGCUCUGAAAAGCCUUUCAGUAUGCUAACACUGCUCAACAGUUCUCAAAACAGAUUACAAAUGAUCAUUAAUGACAAAUAUCACAGAAAUGGAUGAGAAAUUGUCAUUGUUUUACCACCUUAUUGUUUUUUCUUUGUUUGUUUGUUUUUUCACUGGAGUGUUAACAGGUCAUCAUAACAUAAUUUCAACACCAUGUUCAUUCAGUGUCAUCCAAAUGCAUUUUGUUUGAAAUAAAAUAUUUCUCCAGUCUGUACAGUUAAUGAAAUCAGAAAAAAAGAAAUGCUAAGAAACAGAUAUAAAGAAUGCAGAGCUUCACAAGCUAAGGGGUCAGCCAUGAGACUUUCAUCGAGUGUUAAUCUCAAGCACCCUGUCCUUUGUUUGGACGGUAUUGCAUUUUUGGAAAAUACCUUUACAAAAUAUCAUCUGGAGUUUGCACUUGUGAGCCACAGACCAAUGAGAAAUAUAAUUUUCACAUGCGUUCGUUUUAGGUGCAUAAAAAUAAUAGACUUGAGACAGAAAAUGACACUAAAUGUACACUAAAUGUAAAUUAAGAUGAAAUUUGUUGCUUGAAUAACUGUAUCCUGCUUUUUUAUCUGUAGAUAAAUUUGUUGUUCCUCUCUCAUACGAAACUUCAUGUCUGGAAAUAAAAAAAAAAAUGUGCAGAAAGAUGUGAAAAAUUAUCUACUACUCCACAAAACAACUGUUUGAAAAGUGACCAAUUCCUUCCAGAACUGUAUAUUUUAAGAUAUUUAAUCAUAAUGCAUUUAAGAUUUGAAAAACAGAAGACUGGAAGUGACAAUCUCAUAGCUGCUCAUCACUGAA